CAACUGUGCAACCUUGUAACAGUCUGUUUUAGAGACUCAGCCUAAUUACGAUUCCUGCUAUUUGUCUAAGUUAUGCCAAGAUGUCCGACAAUAUGACAGACUAUGACUGCAAUACUCCAUACAACGUUCCUCUAUCCUCAAGACUAAACAAAGAGAUGACAUAUCUAAAUACAAUCAGAAUGCUAUACAUCACUGGAUAUAUCAUCAUCUGCACCCUUGGUCUGGUUCUCAACCUUUUAGUCAUUAUAGCAGGGAUCUGUAACAACCACAUCUCUGAUACUGCAAAAUGCGUCCUGGCAUUAGCCGUGACUCACUUGAUCUGUUCAGCAUUCCUGCCAUUUCAGAUCCUCUACAGCUGGUUUCACUUCAACUGGCACUAUGGAACAGCUCUGUGCAAACUCUCGUCUUAUGUAUUUUAUGCCAGCCUGUUCUCCACAGCAGGUAUACUGACUGUAUGGAAACUCACUUACAAAUGCCAAGGAAGGCAUUGCAUUAUAUUUAAACAUUCAUCAGUAGUCCUGAUCAUGAUUUUGAGUACCUGGACAUUUGCAGCAGUUCUAAGCUUCCCGUCUUUGUUCUCCAGAGAGCUUCGAUACACAGUCCUUGGGGAGCAGUGCAUCGAUGAUUAUGAUUUUAUGGAUGAGGAAACAACACAAUAUGGCAAGACAAAGCUAACUAUGGUAGUUUGUUAUAGACUUCUUCUUGGGAUUUUGGUUCCUGUAUUUCUGAUUGGUAUCAGCCGUUCCUGUCAGCGAUAUAUCAUGGACAAAAACUUGAAGCGAAUCAUGUGUUUGAUAAACGUUGCUUACAUUGUGUGCUGGACUCCUCUGUUAAUCACUGCGUUCCUACAAGUCGUUCUAGAAAAUUUUGAUGCUUCCUCAUAUGGUUUACCUGUAACAACUGUGCUGGCUGCGGCUCACUGCUGUGUUAAUCCGGUCAUCUAUAUUUUGGUGAAUCCUGACAUGAAAAUGCAGUGGAUGAAACAAGCACAACAAUCAGACCAAUCAACCAACGGUUAUAUUUAACGGCUCUCAGAAUUUUCUUUGGGAUCAAUAAUCAAUCAAUCAAUCUAUCUAUCUAUCUAUCUAUCUAUCUAUCUAUCUAUCUAUCUAUCUAUCUAUCUAUCUAUCAAUAGGUCCUUUGACACUAUAUGCCAUCAGUUAUCUGUUGUUUUAUAUUUUUGAAUAUUCGUGCAUUGUACAACAAUCCUCAUACAUAUAUAUAUAUACAGUAAGUCUCUUAUUUGAUCUAUUAGUAUUAAUAUUAUAAUGCAGUAUGUUUAACAUUUACAGUACUGUGCAAAAGUCAGAGACACCAUGUUUUUUUUUAGUGGAACAAAUUUUGUUAAUGUUUAUCAUGUCUGCAUUAUUGAGAACAAAGCGAUUUAAUAUUUCUAAACAUAAUUAAAAAAAACAACAAAGUGAAAGAGAGGAAAAGUCUUCUGGGUUUUACAUGAAAAUGUAAAAGAAGAAAGUGUAACAAACAUAACAGUAAAUUGUGGCAUAUACUUCAGGAUGCUUAGCAAAUCCUACCGUCUUUAAAUGUUGUAUGUGACGCUAUUAUAAAUUAUAUAUUAGAAAUCUUUGACUGCGUUAUAUUUAAAGCCAGCAUUGCACAUGGCAUUUUGUACAGUUGUACAGCACUGCGAUUCAUAACUUGAUCAUGACUACCACUUUGGUCUAGCGUGACCAACAUUUAGCAUGAUAAACAUGUAAGACAUGAAAGAAAACAUAAUAUAAUCAUGUAUCAUUUUGCACGUUUUCAUUUUUUACGUUUUCAUAUACAGUAGGUACAUUUUUAGUAAGGCAUUUAUAGAGCAUCCAUGUUUCUAUGUGAAUGUUCUUGCUAUGUGAACCAAAUAAAUUAGUUAACUGGUAAUAAACAGAGAAUCUUAACAUUUUGUAUUUUUGACACGAGAACACACACAGAUGAUGGGACGGUAGCUUAGGGGUUAGCACUGUGGUCUCACACCUCCAGGAUUGAUGGGUUGAUGGGUUUGCCGGGAUAGGCUCCAGACCCCCAUAACAGUAUAAGCGGUAUUAAAGAUGAAAGAAUAAAUACCUACACAUUAUAUAAACCAUUUUUAAGGCCUAUGCCUAAGCAGAGGUAAGGGUUGACUAAGUACGUUUACUUUUAUACUGUAUUUAAGUAGUUUUAUUAGUGGUUACUUUUAACUUUUACUCCAUUACAUCCCUUAACAAAUAUUUGUACAUAUCUGAUAAGAUUUUGACAAUAUACUGUAGACAGUGUUUGAAGUUGAGAUUUGCAGAAAGCUUAGUACUCAUGAAACAUAAGUACAUUUAAAGGUACACAAAUAGAAAUGUAAAUGGAG